CCACCCGCCUCCCGCAGCCGCUCGGUGGUCCUGGACGCCGGGAGCGGCCAGCUGCGCCUGGUGGAGGGCCGCCACCCCGACGCCGUGGCCUGGGCCAACCUCACCAACGCCAUCCGCGAGACCGGGUGGGCCUUUCUGGAGCUGCGCACCGACGGCCGCUACAAUGACAGCCUACAGGCCUACGCAGCAGGCGUGGUGGAGGCCGCCGUGUCUGAGGAGCUCAUCUACAUGCACUGGAUGAACACCGUGGUGAAUUACUGCGGCCCCUUCGAGUAUGAAGUCGGCUACUGCGAGAGGCUCAGGGGCUUCCUGGAGGCCAACCUCGAGUGGAUGCAGGAGGAGAUGGAGUUGAACAAGGACUCUGCCUACUGGCACCAGGUGCGGCUGAGCCUCCUGCAGCUGAAAGGCCUGGAGGACAGCUAUGAAGGCACUGUGACCUUUCCGACCGGGAGGUUCACCAUCAAACCCUUGGGGUUCCUCCUCUUGCAGAUUGCUGGGGACCUGGAAGACUUGGAGCCAGCCCUGAAUAAGACCAAGACCAGGCACACUGUGGGCUCUGGCUCCUGCUCCGCGCUCAUCAAGCUGCUGCCUGGACAGAGUGACCUCCUGGUGGCCCACAACACCUGGAACUCCUACCAGAACAUGCUGCGUGUCAUCAAGAAGUACUGGUUCCAGUUCCACGCGGGCCCCCAAGAGGACUCUCCCCUGGCUCCUGGCAACAGGCUGGUCUUCUCGUCCUACCCAGGCACCAUCUUCUCCGGCGACGACUUCUACAUCCUGGGCAGUGGGCUGGUGACUCUGGAGACCACCCUUGGCAACAGGAACGCGGCCCUGUGGAAGUACGUGCAGCCCAAGGACUGUGUGCUGGAAUGGGUGCGCAACAUCGUGGCCAACCGCUUGGCUGUGGACGGGGACAGCUGGGCAGACAUCUUCAAGAGGUUCAACAGUGGCACGUACAACAACCAGUGGAUGAUCGUGGACUACAAGGCGUUUGUGCCCGGCGGGCCCAGCCCUGGGAGCAGGGUGCUCACCAUCCUGGAGCAGAUCCCGGGCAUGGUGGUGGUGGCUGACAAGACCUCGGAACUCUACCAGAAGACCUACUGGGCCAGCUACAACAUACCGUCCUUCGAGAGUGUGUUCAACGCCAGCGGGCUGCAGGCCCUUGUGGCCCAGUAUGGGGACUGGUUCUCCUACGACGGGAGCCCCCGGGCCCAGAUCUUCCGGCGGAACCAGUCGCUGGUGCACGACCUGGACUCCAUGAUGCGGCUCAUGAGGUACAAUGACUUCCUGCAUGACCCCCUGUCCCUGUGCAAAGCCUGCAACCCCCAGCCCAACGGAGAGAACGCCAUCUCGGCCCGCUCCGACCUCAACCCGGCCAACGGCUCCUACCCGUUCCAGGCCCUGCGCCAGCGCUCCCACGGGGGCAUCGACGUGAAGGUGACCAGCAUGGCGCUGGCCAAGGCCUUCCGCCUGCUGGCGGUCAGUGGCCCCACGUGGGACCAGGUGCCCCCGUUCCAGUGGAGCGCCUCGCCCUUCAGCGGCCUGCUGCACAUGGGCCAGCCUGACCUCUGGAAGUUCCUGCCCGUGGAGGUCUGGUGGGACUGAGGCUCCAUCUCUGCUCUGCUGCCUUCUGCCUCUGCUGAGCCCCCAGGGCCACCCGCUCCAGCCCCGCCCUGACCUCCUGCCAGCCCCC